AUGGACUCGCUAUGCAAGGACCACUUCCUGCAGCGACAGUACCGUAAGCUGGACGGCGGAGUCCUUUGGUCCCGCAACGAGAGGAACCUGGACUGCACGGUCACCUUUCAGACGCACAGCAUCCUGCAGCGGUUCAUGCUGCACUUCGAUCUGCUGCAGCUCGACUGUAACGAUCACCUCUACGUGUAUGACGGCGCUCACGCCACAGCACCACCGAAGGCGGACCUGUCAUGCCGCAACACGAAGCAACAGGUCGGCGCGUUGUUCACGCGCAGCAACUUUGUCACUCUCAAAUACGUGACGGACAACUGGGGCACCGAUGCCAACGGGUUCAAGCUGGUCAUCACUGCCGUCAAGGACCCAAUAUUCCUUCCAGAGCACGGCUGCAAGGAGUUCCGGUGUAAGCAGCGCGAGUUCUGCGUGAGCGCAGACCUCACCUGCGACGGGGUGGACCACUGCGCCGAUGGGUCGGACGAGGACACGGCCGCUCUCUGCCCCGAAACCGGUGGCGGUAGUGCGGGUGAGGCGUGGGUGGCGAUAGCAGCGGGCUCAGCAGCGCUACUGCUGCUAAUAGUGGUCGCGCUGCUAUGCUGCUACUGUCGGCGGAGAGCUCCCAACCGUCGCACACAUUUACAUUUAGAGCAAAUGGCGAGCAGCAACGGCGCCGGCACCAAGGCUCCCUGCUCGCCGGGCAGCGCCACGCGGCUGCCGGGAAACUGGGCGCACCCUGCGGGCCCGCGCGGGUACAGGGCGGCGCGCCCGGGCCGCCUGCGUGCGCGGGCGCAGCGCUGA